UGAAUCAUAUCCUAUCGAGGAAGUCCACAUAAUGUCCCGCGAAACCUACCAAGUCCCAAAUCUUACUGGCGCCUCUUACGGCGGCGGUACUACCGGCUUCCAGGAUGCCGCGACCUUCACCAUUCAGUAUAUCUGCGGUGAAUGCGCUUCCAAGGUGUCGCUGAAGCGCGGCGACCCGAUCCGUUGCAAGGAGUGUGGACACCGUGUGCUGUACAAGGAGAGAACCAAGCGGUAAGAUAUUUCUGAGUACCCGCGUUCAUUAGCUAGAUGCUGACUGGGUGGUUAAAGCAUGGUGCAAUUUGAGGCGCGGUAAAUAAAAGUCUGAAGCAUGCAAGGAUUUGGGACGAUUUCAAGAGCAUGGACGGAGCACGCCGUCCGCGUGGCGUUAAUACU